GGGUUUGGUUUUAGGUUUGGCUUCCAACAGGAAAGAAAAAAUAGCAACUUUGGGUGAUAGAAAAGCCGUUGGCAGGAUUAAUUUUGGUCAGGAGUUUUUUUACAGUGAAUAUUUGGUUUCGUGGGUAAGAAGACCUUAGAAUCAAAGUAAGAUGUCUGUUAUUAAUUCUUCUUUUUGACACUGCCUUUCAAAAUUUUUUUUGUUUCUUUUUCCAAAUAUAAAAUCUCCUGCUGUCUAGUCGAUCUGAUUCAUACUGACCCUGUAGGAUAAAGUAGAACUGCCUCACAGAGUUUCCAAGGCUCUAAAUCUUUCGAUAUAAAUAUUUUAUUCAAAUAUUAUCUAAUUUGCUUUACUCUCUUUCAGGACCCUAAAUUCAUUCAAAGUUAUUUAAGUCAGUUGUCUAAGAUUAGAAUAAGAGAGUAUAAUUUUAUUGGUAUAAGCCUGAGGAGAUAGUGGACAAACAGUGCAUAGUCUUGGGUGAAGAAUAUUUUAUCAUUUUUAUUUGAAAGUUUCACAUUACAAAUGAAUCUUUUUUUAUAGGAUCCUGACUGAGGCAGUGCUUUACGUAACUGCUCAGUGCUCUCGAUAAAACUGAGAUAUGCCCAUUGUUGAGAGUGAAGCCAAAGUAAAAACUAAAGUUCGCUUUGAAGAAUUGCUUAAGACCCACAAUGAUCUAAUACGAGAAAGAAAAAAACUGCAGAAAAAGAUCGCCAAAUCUGGAGAAAACAUCUCAAUUGACCCCUUUAGACGCAAUCUUCAGCAUAUUAAAGGAACUAAAAGUGAUAACGUAAGUGUUCCCAACACCGAUAACCCCGAGAAGAGCAUGCGAGUUUCUAAAGACAAACUAGGGAAUACGCAGUCACCUGAAAAUCCAAGUGAUGAUGCUAGUGUAGAGGAAGAAAAACAAGGGAAGUCAAAUAGAAAGGUCGCAAAAGCAGCGCCCCAAGUGUCUCCCCAAGAAAUCGAACCGGAAACCACUGAGAGGAAGUUGGAUUCUACACAUCCAAAAGCGCAAACAAAGUCACAGUCGAGUGUUGCUCAUCAGAAAAGUAAGAAGGCAAAUGAAGGAAAAGAAAACGAUUUCGAUGGGGAAGAAGAGCUGAUGGAAGUGUAUCAGCUCCAGGCAGCGGAAGAAAUGGCAAAGGAAAUUAAGAAGAAAAUAAGAAAGAAACUGAAAGAACAGUUGACUUACUUUCCCUCAGAUACUUCACUGCAUGAUGACAAGUUGAGCAGUGAAAAAAAGAAAAAGAAAAAAAAGAAAAUUCCGGUCCAGUCUAAAGCUGAAACAAGCACAUUGACCGUCUCUGAACUUGAGCGUGACAAAGUUGAAGAUGAACAAAAGGAGUCUCCAGUUGGAGCAGUGACUUCAGAUUCUCAUCAAGAUGAUAAAAUAAACUCAAUUGAACAAAAUGUAGAAGACAACAUGGAAGAUGACAAAAAAUCUAAACCAAAAAAAGCAAAAAAGAAGGCUAAAGCAGUUUCAGAUGAUAAUGAAGGUUCUGAUGGUGAUGGUGUUCAUGAAAUAACAAGUCGAGAUAGUCCGGUUUAUCCCAGAUGUUUACUUGAUGAUGACCUUGUCCUGGGAGUUUACAUUCACCGAACUGAUCGACUUAAAUCCGAUUUUAUGAUUUCUCACCCGAUGGUAAAAAUUCACGUGGUUGAUGAGAAUACUGGUCAAUAUGUCAAGAAAGAUGAUAGUGAACGGCCUGUUUCAUCUUACUAUGAAAAAGAGAGUGUGGAUUAUAUUCUUCCUAUCAUGACCCAGCCAUAUGAUUUUAAGCAGUUAAAAUCAAGACUUCCAGAGUGGGAAGAACAGAUUAUAUUUAAUGAAAAUUUUCCCUAUUUGCUUCGUGAUUUUGAUGAGAGCCCUAAAGUUAUCCUGUUCUUCGAGAUUCUUGAUUUCUUAAGCAUGGAUGAAAUUAGGAAUAACUCUGAGGUUCAAAACCAAGAGUGCGGUUUUCGGAAAAUUGCCUGGGCAUUUCUCAAGCUUCUAGGAGCCAAUGGAAAUGUAAACAUCAAUUCAAAACUUCGCUUACAGCUGUAUUAUCCACCUACCAAGCCUCGAUCACAAUCAAAUGUUGUUGAGAUUUUUGAUUGGUGGUCAAAAUGUCCAAGAAAUCGUUAUCCAUCAACAUUAUACGUAACUGUAAGAGGAUUGAAAGUCCCAGAUUGUAUAAGACCAUCUUACCGGUCUAUGGUAGCUCUUCAGGAAGAAAAAGGUAAACCGGUGUAUUGUGAACGUCACUGUGAGUCAAGUCCGAUAGACUUAGAGCCUGGAUUAGAAGAUUCAAAGGAAGUAGUCAAGUGGAAACGAUUGCCUGGACAGGCUUGCCGUAUCCCAAACAAGCACCUCUUUUCACUAAAUGCAGGAGAACGAGGAUGUUUUUGUCUUGCUUUCUCCCAUAAUGGAAGAAUAUUAGCAGCAGCCUGUGCCAGCAGGGAUGGAUAUCCAAUUAUUUUAUACGAAGUACCUUCUGGACGAUUCAUGAGAGAAUUGUGUGGCCAUCUCAAUAUCAUUUAUGAUCUUUGCUGGUCGAAUGAUGAUCGCUAUAUCCUUACUGCAUCGUCUGAUGGAACUGCCAGGAUAUGGAAAAAUGAAAUAAAUAAUACUAGUACUUUCAGAGUUUUACCUCAUCCUUCCUUUGUUUACACGGCUAAAUUCCAUCCAGCUGUAAAAGAGCUAGUGGUUACAGGAUGUUAUGAUUCUGUGAUACGGAUAUGGAAAGUUGAUAUGAGAGAGGAACCUGCCAUAUUGAUCCGACAGUUUGACACUCACAAGAGUUUUAUCAACUCUCUCUGUUUUGAUACUGAAGGUCAUCACAUGUAUUCAGGAGACUGCACAGGGGUGAUUGUCGUUUGGAAUACCUAUGUCAAAGUGAAUGAUGUGCAACAUUCAGUGCGCCACUGGAGCGUAAAUAAGGAAAUUAAAGAGAGUGAGUUUAAGGGGAUUCCAGUAAGUUAUUUGGAGGUUCAUCCCAAUGGAAAACGUUUGUUAAUCCAUACCAAAGAUAGUACGUUGAGAAUUAUGGAUCUCCGAAUAUUGGCAGCAAGGAAAUUUGUAGGUGCUGCAAAUUAUCGGGAGAAGAUUCAUAGUACAUUGACACCAUGUGGGACUUUUCUUUUUGCUGGAAGUGAGGAUGGUAUAGUGUAUGUUUGGAACCCAGAAACAGGAGAACAAGUAGCAAUGUAUUCUGACCUUCCAUUCAAGUCUCCCAUUCGAGACAUCUCCUAUCACCCACUUGAACAUAUGGUUGCAUUUUGUGCAUUUGGGCAGAAUGAGCCAAUUCUUCUUUAUAUUUAUGAUUUCCAUGUUGCCCAGCAGGAGGCUGAAAUGUUCAAACACUACAAUGGAACGUUCCCAUUACCUGGAAUACACCAAAGUCAAGAUGCGUUGUGCACCUGUCCUAAGCUGCCCCAUCAAGGAUCUUUCCAGAUUGAUGAAUUUAUCCACGCUGAAAACUCUUCAGUGAAGAUGCAGCAAGUGAAACAGAGGCUUGAUUCUGUCACGGAGGUGAUACGAGCCUGUGCUGCAAAGGUCAACAAAAAUCUCUCAUUUACUUCAACAUCAACCUCUUCACAACGGCCUAAGUUCAAACAGUCAAACAUGCUGUCCGCUCAUGAGAUUCUACGUCAGUUUGGUUUCACUCAGACUGGGAUUACCAGCAUAGAAAGAAGGCCUUGUAACCAUCACGUAGAUACAGCGCCAACAGUAGUGGCUCUUUAUGACUACACAGCAAAUCGAUCAGAUGAACUAACCAUCCAUCGCGGAGACAUUAUCCGAGUGUUUUUCAAAGAUAAUGAAGACUGGUGGUAUGGCAGCAUAGGAAAGGGACAGGAAGGUUAUUUUCCAGCUAAUCAUGUGGCUAGUGAAACACUAUAUCAAGAACUGCCUCCAGAGGUAAAGGAGCGUUCCCCUCCUUUAAGCCCCAAGGAAAAAACUAAAAUGGAAAAACCUUCUUCAGCUUCUCAAAAGCAGUCAGUCAUGAAGGACAAGUCCCAGGACUUCAGACUGGGCUCAGAAUCUGUGACACAAUGGAGAAACAAGAUCAGAAAGGCUGUGACUUUUCUCAAGUCACCUCAGGUAGUAAGUGGCAGACCCAGUACCAGAACGCAAGUCCCCAGUCUCCUAAUUUGCUGUUCUUUCCCUCUGCCUGUCAUAUGGUGCAAACACACAUAUCAGGUCUUUCAGCUUUUUGUUUUUGUUUUAUCUGUCAAGUAUGUUUUCCAUUCCAAGCUCUGAACAGUUUACAUUUUGCAUAAUAAUAGGUAAUACAAUCACUGGCCUUGUAGAACUUAUACACAAUGACAAAUUACACAUAGGAAAAAAGAAUAGAUUGGAACAAUGAGGAUAAACUUUCUGAACAAUAAAAAAAAGGACAUAUUUAAUACAGUGUCGGAUCAGUGUUCUCGGUGUCUUUGAACUUGUUUUGUUAAAUUUUUUAAACCUUCAUAUAAUAUGUGAAUGUAAGAAUGUCUUCUAUGCACGCCUCACUCUGACUACCUUGGGAACCUGUUUUCAGAUGACAGAGACCCGAGCCACACUCUCCAGAUUAGAGCUCACCAAAGCCUCACUACCAUCCCAGCAUCUCAAGGCUGUAGGGUAGCUCAGCUUCUCCUUUUGAACAUACAGCUCUUAAAAAUUGUCUGAAUUUAAAUAAAGACAUUUUCAUGAGAAGUUCAGAUAUGUCUAAAUGUUUGAGCUCAUUUAAAGCCUUUGGGCUUUCCCUAUACUUGUAAUUUUUAGAAGCAAGGAUGAAUUAAGAUAAAUUUCUCAUGAGUUGAAAACUGUAGGCGAGUUGAAUGUGGAAACACUAUUGUCCUGUGUGUAAAAAGAAGUCACCCACGACUUGACUUCUUUCACUUACCUAAAUGAGUCAGUGGUAGCCAAGUAAAUUGUCAGGAGCUUUUUUUUUUAGUUUCUUUGCAGCCCUUUCAGUUUGCAACAUUUGCUUAUUAGUUGGUUGACCAAAAUAUAUAAAGGAGCCACACAGGCACAUAGGACCGCCUCUUACUACUUUCUGCUUGAAUUUCUUGUCUUGCUCUUCACUUCUUUGCAUACAGUUUUUACACAUUUAUGUCAAGCUACACUGUCUUUUUAAGAUAACAAGAAGACAUUUCUAUAGGUUAAUUUAAUGAAGACAUUUCCUUAAAAGUCUUAAAAUUUUACCUCUUUGUACCUCAUUCCUCUGUGUUAUUCUUCAUUAUCUGCUGCCCAAGUCAGAUAUGUAAUGAAGUUCCUAUAAAUAUGUUAGAAUCCUUAAUAAGUAGUAUUAGUGUUCCCUAGUUAAUAAUAUGAACCCUAGUGGUGCACUGGUUAAGAGCUCAGCUGCUAGCCAGAAGGUCAGCAGUUCAAAUCCACCAGCCGCUCUUUGAAAACCCUAUGGGGCAGCUCUACUCUGACCUACAGGGUCGCUAUGAGUCAGAAUCAAGUCGACAGCAGUGGGUAGUUACUAAUAUAUUCUAUCUCAAGCUUUGUUGUUUAUUACUUUUUUUUUACAUGGAUUCUUUAUUUCAUUAACAGCCUU